AUCAUCAUCAUCAUCGAGAAAAAAACUUGUAACGUUUAAGUUAGGGUUAGUUGGUUGGUUAAGUUGGUUGAGGUGUUCUGGUGUAGUUAUCGUUAACGUGCACCUUGCGCAACAUGCCUUGGGCGGCGCGUUACCGAUGCAUGCGCACGAAGGACUGCGGCGUGCGAGACCGCGAUUGCCCGGCCCGGCGGACCUAAGUUAACCUCACCUAACCAGGCACGGUUAGUAAAGAGCUUUAACUAUCAGCCCCGUUAACCCGAAUGCCUCUCCAAACGCCCGUAACCACCUCACGUAACCAAUCUCCGGAGACGAAUUUCCGGUACGACCACAAUGGUGCUAAAGUUUACUGUCGAACAGAUCGACUUGGUCCGCCGGCUCAAAGACACUGGUGUCACGAUGAAAGAGAUCGGCAUCAUAUACUACAAGUUGGAGCGGCUCGAGCGCACAAUCAGGAGAGGUGCCGAGCAACGACGCUCGCCCCCUCAACAACAGCACUACGCCGGUGCUAACGGCGGUGGAUUCACGGCACCCAACGGGGUUACGACGCCGCCGUCGACGACGAAUGCAGCGAGCGCGACGCCGCAGCCGUCCCAAGCGACGUCGAGGAACGAAGACGAAGAGUGCAGCUCCAGUUCUGAGGGCUCGUCGACCGAAUCGCCGGCGCACCACCACCAACAACAGAACGGCUUUCAACAGGACUGUGUUGCCGUCGCUGCAGUUGGAGACGGGUGUCAAAGAUCGGCGACCGCACCUCCCGACCCUUCGCAGGGACACCCGAACGCUGUUGUGCCUCGAGGCGUUCAAGGCCUGGCGUUCCCACGGCGGCACCACUUCCGCUUCACCGAGUCCCAGCUCCAGGUUCUGCGGAGGGCAUUUGAGGCCAACCCGUAUCCCGAGGCGGACGAACGGGAUGCCAUCGCCAAUGAGUGCAACCUCAGUGCCCUCAAUUCCGGUGAACCAGUUCCCACAGACGUGACUGCUGGCAUGGUCAACAACUGGUUCUGCAACCGUCGGAAGGAUGCCAGCAAGCUGCUGAAGCACUCCACCCCAAGCACCGACAUGACGCGGCUGCCCCAGGACGCGCUGAAGCGGCUGACCAAGCAGCGUGAGCGCUUCACCUUUGUCAAGGGCCACCUGGAAAUCUUGGAGAGGCACUAUCAGCGUAACCCUUACCCUAGCCAGAACGACAAGGAGAGGGUCGUGGAGGAGUGCAAUGCUUACUCCAUGGAGAGUGGUUCAAGUCGGUGUGGCUUCAUGACCAUAACCAACGUGAGCAACUGGUUCGCGAAUCGGCGCAAGAGGGAAUUUCACCGCUCGGUGCAGACACCCGACACCUUCACCCAGUCGCCGUCAAGCUACAACACCGUGACCAACGUGGGGGGCCGCUCGCUCUGGAGCUCGGACCUGACCAUCGGGCCGCACCACCCGGCACACCACCCGCACCACCACCACAACGGCGGCAUGCAGACGACAAUCAAGGAGGAGCCGCUCGACUUCGACACGGCCGCGGCUGCGUACGACCGCAAGGCGCUCCCCGAGAGCGGCAUGUCGUGGAGCACGGACCUGGACGGCGGCGUGACGCAUGUGCCCGCACCGUACCAGCCGGUGCCCCAACCACCUCCGCCGAUGGGGCUCGGUCCAGACGGACCGCCGCGGCACGGGCUGCACGGGAUGAGCAGUCCAGUGCCCGGCAUGGUCCACGGCGGAGAGGGCUCCGCGAUGCAGCCGGGACUGCCGCAGCACUCGAUGCACCAGCCGGUCAAGCAGGAAGGUGGCGACGUGUGGCCACUCGACAACCGAAUCCUCUCGGCUGGGUGGAGAUAGCUUAGCGGGACGGGCUUUGCGUCUUUCACGUGAUGUGGCCACAGUGUCGCAUUUUAGGGUACCGCGCUGAGCUCUAGCGAGCCUCUGGCUUGUCACUUUUGGAAUGUGGAGUGCUUAGCAGGCUGACUGAAGUGCGUGAACUUACUGCUAAAGAAGACAAAAUUACUCAGGUUGAGGAUGAGCAGCGCGAAGCAAGGAAAUCAGGAAGCACAGGCAAGGAAGGACAGGAAGCAAAAAAGGGACGAAGACAGCGCUCGUGUUGGCCCCUCUUUUGCUUCCUCAGUCCUCCCUUCCCUGUACUUCCACACUUCUGUGCUUCGCGCUGUUGAUCUUCACCAUGAUCAUAAAUCAUUUCUCCCACAUUUCCAUUCUUAUUCAAAACCAUUCAAAAUGCCAUACAAGAUAUGACACAACUCAAAUCGGCGCAUUGCGGCGAAUAGUUAACCUGCCCUACAACUACUUAGUGGGCUGUCUCGAGCGCGCGAUUUCUCCAUUGGCUGUAGAGGGACGUGCGUUCACAUUGGUACCACAAAGAAGAGGAGGCCAGGGGAAGCAUUAUCAGUCAUUACCGUCACACACAGUAGGGCACAAAUCACAAGCUGCACAGCAAGGCAAGGAAGGGACUGAGCUGUGUGGCCUUUCAUUGGUGUGGUCUCUCAACAACCCUUUGAAAUUGUGGCUGUCCUAUGAGGUCCGAAACGUACUGGCUGCAUAGGCAGGUCAUUUGUGUUUGGGAAUACUUUAUGUAGUUGGCUUUCCUGAUUUACUCUUGCUGCUCUCGUAGCCUGGGCUUUUGCCUGUUUGAGACCGUGCGGUUGUUACCUUAAUGGUUUAGCAGUGUGGUUCUUUUUUAUGCUCACAAAGUUGCAGUGGUAAUGUUAGUUUUGCUGCAUGGGCUACGAUUGCUGUAGCAUGCGUGCACUUUUUCUGAGGACGGGCCUGUUGAAAAUUUAGUUUGUUUUAUGUUUUAUUUGCUAAUUGGUCAACGUACCUCAUAUGCUCACUGUCGUACACCUCUAUGUUCACUCACUAGAGCCAGGACUGGGGACUUAGUACACAACACACGGCAAAUUAAAUGCUUGCAGUGCUGUGCAGUGCACUUCUGCUGCACUUCGCAUGGAUGCGUGACGUAUUCCAAUUGAACAUUGACAGUCUGGUGUGAAUUUAUCGCCCACUUUUCCCCGUCUUGGUGAAGAUAUUGGUCGGCUAGGUGCAAGACGCCUGUCGGGCCGUAGCAUGCUUCAUGAGCAACAUGCGGUAUAUAUUUGUUUUUUCACUAGUUCAUGUAUCGUGCUCUCUCUAAGCAUGUUGAAACUUGUCGCCAAUGGCUCAUCUGCCAAGCUCUGGACUGAACCGCGCCUCAUGGUGGCAGCGUUUGCACUUCUCCUACUUAUGCAGAGGGUGUUCACUUGCCUCCUCUUGCACCUCACUACACAUGGGCACCGGCAGGUGCUAGAAAACACCGGUGUCGACUAAUUUCCACCGAGCCCUGCCUAAACGCUUCUAUGGCUAAAAAAGGUUUGCAGUGUAAUAUACCUCAUCCGAAUUUGUGCAGCACGUCCUAGCUCAAAUUCAUGCUCAACUAACUCGUUACAAACCAUGGGGCCACAUUAUGAAUCCAUCACUUUUGAGAGGAUGACCGCUUUCAGCGGAUGGAUGUCGAUUUGGUUGAACCAGGAGAAGGCAGGAGGCCGUUCACUCAAUCACUUGGAUGCUGCGUCGCAUUCAAGAGAAGGUGCCCUGAAAAAUGACAAGCAGAGAAUAAUGUUUGAGCUUAUUGCCAUUUCAACCGUGACCACUACACAACGCGUGAGUUCGCGCUCUUCGAAUUGGCCACACAUCCAUCUCUCUUUGUUUCGUUGUUCUAGCUCCAUUCAUUGACAUUCAUUCUUCUGUAGCUAUUCGUAGACCCAUAGCCCGGCAUCCAUCCGUCUGCACUGAUUCAUGUGCGCAUGAUUCCACGCACCCAUGGAGGAAUAAAACACAAGAGGGCAAAGCCCUCGCAUAACAUUCCUUGUAACUCUGCGUGAACACUCCUCCACCUAGGAGAACCGUCAGCCUUCUCGCUAUUGCAUUUCGUCAUGCUCAUUACCCGUCGGCCACCAGUUCGCAAAGUUGCUGCUGCACUGGCAUCGUGCAACCGAGCUUGUGCUGCUGGGAUUGAGGAUGCUGCGUCUGACAGCGAAAGUCGUACAAAUGUGCGCCGCCACUGUCGCACGUGCUAGAUCUGCCUGCGGUACCAGUGCAGAUGUGUUACUGCUUGUCGACGCCACCGGCGUUCACUUGCCGUGCUACUCCCUGAGGCACAGUUGCGACAAUGUGCCUAUUCAGAAAACCCAUAUCGCUUCUCCUUUGAGAGUUCAAAAUAAAAAAAGGAAAAAGAAAAAAGACAUGAUGUCCACCACACCACUCCAAUGCAAGCAGGAGCUGUCCAGAUCCUCUAAUGCACUUUUCUUCUUUCAUGGCUCUGCACUCAUCCGUCUGCGCUCGUCCGUUGCACCCAUCUCUCUACAUCUGAUUACACCCAUCCGUUUACACAGAUUCAAGCGCACCUACUCAUUUGCACCCAUUCACCUGGCAUACUUUAGAGUGAACACUCUCAUAAUGGGAGUCAUUGCUCUGUGUACACCAUUACACCGACUCAAGCACCCCUGUUGCUUAGCACCCAUACAUCUGCCUGUCUCACUUUGGAGCGAACCCUCCCUUGCGACAGGUGUCAUUGCUCAAGAAGCGGUGUGCUACAACAGGAAGCGGUGCUUGAGGGCCGACCGUAACGAAAGCUCGUUCUGGCUGAAACGUUGAUCAAGUGGUUAGCAUGUACCUGUGCUGAAGCAUUCUCAGCGAAAGUGCAGGGCCGCUGCUAGUCCAGUUUUCUUAGCGGCCCUUGAAUAACACCUGGGAAGACGCGUGCACCCUAUGGUUAGCAGCCACGACAUAAAUCUUAGCAGCUCGUCUGAGAUUUUCUGGCAGUCCACCGGUGGCUCUUAAAAGGAGCUGCAUUUUCAGGAGUCUUACCUCGCUUUGGAACGAUGGCGAUUUCUUACGGUUUCGCCAGUCGGAAACGUCUUGCUCUUACGAGCCUUUCACGACUCAUCCACUCACAUUUCAUCAGAAAAGUUUUGCAGUGAGCAUGCUGUGUAGUAUUUAGUAUAUCUGAAACGGAGCCUUUUAUGUGGCUCUAAAUAUUGUCGCUUCAUGGCUCUAAAUUUCGUUCAGCCGGCCUUUUCAAACAGCACAGUUGUGUCAUCUUACCUCGUUGCCUCUGAAAGACUACCUGAUGGGUCUGAGCCACGAGUUUCGUCAAAAAGGAAAUUUUUUCGUAGUUCCCGUGGCACUGCGACAGCAUUGCAGUAUUUGGCAGAUGUUGCGUUGCUGCCCCUUGCAGCAAAGCGACAGUCGUUUCGAAUGUCACGGUGCCUCGAUUUCAUAAUUAACUGUGUGUUCUUAAACGUUGUCUACACUGCCAAUGUUCAACAUUAAGCACGACAACCCCACUUUCAUGACUGUUCUUGCUUAUAAUCCUGCACGUUCUUCAUCAUAACCCCAAUUGUGGGGACUUCCCAUUUCUCAGAGCGACACCUGUGGUUCUAUUACCACCACCGAUACUGCUGUCACUAUAUUCUUCUUUUUCCUUUUUGAAAUAUUUCGAGACUCUAGAAGACUAGACAUUUUUGUUGGUAGUAAUGUAUGUUUUCUUUACCAAAGGCUUUUCUGAAGUGCCAGAAAGAAGUGUUGUUCCAGAAACAUUGUAAGUUCGGAACAUUUGCUUUUCUUUGCUUUAUUGUGUGCACUGUAUAUUCAGGACCAUUUUGAUAUGCCAAUUAUUUUUCUUGCGAGUUAAGUUGCCUCCAAAUGAAGUUCGUAAAAGUAUUUAACGCUUAACUUCAUAACAUAUUGGGGGGAAUUAAAUAUCAGUGCGCAUAUGGAUUUUCUUGACGUAAGAGAUAGGAAACGAAGCCUGUCUUGGAGUGUGCACCACACAUUUAAAUUGAAGUGUGUCCCACCAACUACACUAGGAGCGUGAGUUUAAGCAAUUUAUGCUCACAAGUGUCAAAAGAAAUGGUUCUGAGAGUAUGGUUUUUCCUUGACAGUGGGAAGCGAAUACUUGUACUAAACGCUCCUUCAGUCAGCCUGCUUUGCCACAUUGUAUGUCACCGCACCGCAUUCGUACGUCACGCCGGAACGAAAUGGGAACACGGGAAAAACGAGUCGGAACCGUCGCUCCACUCUUUCUGACAUGCGUGACGUCGUCUCCUCUCCUCCGCGGACACCCUGUCACGGGGGCUUGCAUGCAUUUAGCGUCCAGUUACGUCACGAUCACACUUUGCAGUUGUUAGUAACGUGGCAAUCUCGAAAAAAAAAACUAUUUUUUCCCCGUUUUCAUUUCGUUCUGGCGUGACAACACUAGUGGGGAGAAGGAAUGAGACGGUAGAAGGAACCGCAGAACAGAGCUGGCGGCCACUGGUACAGUGUACUCACGACAAUUCAGAUAGAAUCGUUUGGAAGUUGGGCGAUUCAAGAAUGCCUAGAGGUUCCCAUAUGGCUAAGCGCGUUUUCGGCGUGUUUUGUCAACACUCGGAUGCACCCGACGAGGUUUUGGUUGCUACGACUGGCUGUGGCGAAAAGUUGGUGUCGAGAAAAUGACCGACGUGGGGACGUUUACGAGGCACGAACGGUUAGAAGCACGUCCGCAUCUCGAUGUUUUGGGGGUCGUUGUGACUGGUCACGCCCUAAUGAAAUUGUGUCGUCGAUCUGGGGCCGCAUUCUUGGUAGAUCACUUUCAAACACAUCCCGGUCGGCGUGAGAUGACCGGCUUUCAGCCUCUGGGCAGCACACCCAUCGUUUCUCUGAGACGUCAGCUGUUCAUUAAUCGACAUGUUCUGAUGUACUGUAAAGAUUGAGCAAAAGAAAGGAGAAAGAAAGAAAUUUGCCAAUUUACUCCUUAACUUUAGACGAAAAUGAGAUUGUUCUCGAAAGUGAUUCACUGAGAAUGCAGGCUGUGGUCUUUCAGAAAUAGAAAUCGUGCUGUGUGUCGGUUUGUACGCCCGUUCUUGCCAUACGCAUGUUUUUCACCCACCCGUGUACUGUGUAAUUGUGUUAGUUAUGAUCCACGAUUAUUCUGUUUUAAGUGGUGCUACUUUUUUUCAACUCUGGGUGUCCGUGCUCCUGGUAAUUAGACAGACACAGGCAAACCUCGUUAUGAUGAACUAGCAUCGGGAUCAUAAGUAGUUCAUUGUAUCUGAUAUUCGUUGUAGCAUUUGAAAUAAAAAUUGCCUCUAACAAAUCGUCAAUCUGGCUCGCACAAAAUUUUCCAUGCUAGAAAGCACACACUGCGUAGCAAGAAGUUUUCCACAGCGUCCAUGCACGACCGUGCACAGUGUCCAUGCAUGGCCUUUUCUACUUCAGCAUUUCAGUUGUUGGGAGUUUCUCCGAGUAGCUCCUCACUCUCCUGGCGAUGUCCGCGGCAUCCGCGCUGCUUAUUUCCCCAAAAAUUUCUGCAACUUUUGUAACCAUGCUUUAAACCAGUUGUUUUACGUCACACUCACAUUUUAAACAAAAAUGUGGUUCUGAACUGAUUUUCAGUAUUCUGUUUUUUACGCUACCUCUAGAGUAUUGAGCUUAGCGUGAAGCAAAUAUAACUUUGUCAUUGAUGAUAUCGUGAUAGCUCUCACGUUUUCGGUUUCGUUAGUAAAAAUAAUAAAUGUCACUGAAAUGAAGCGGAACCAACCAAAGUACGUAUUUCCGAUAAUUCGCUAUGUCAGUAUUCGUUAUAACGAGGUUCACUGUAGUCUGUCGUUGAUGCAAGCUUCAGUUGAUGCGAGUUAACCGCGUCGGAGCACUUAAUGUUUUUCUGUUUUUUCUUCCUGCAUUUUAUCCAUGUGUGUGCUUAAAGGUGCACCCGUUUUGAUGGAUUUUCGAAAGACGUCGCGUUCUGAGUCCGCGUUCCCGGCGUCAUUUGCUAGAGGGCCGGGAAUAUGCGGUGGCAACUUGUGAUUUUGUACAGCCUGCCCCCUUCGGGGGGCACUUUGUCGUCGAUUGUGAUCGCGCCGUGUUUUCAGACUGCGGUCGUAGCUGCCGUGCAGCGUCAUACUGAAACGCCGUGAUAUGCCCAUGAUAUGAAGUGUAUGCGUUUCAGCCAAGAGGCUGAAGUACGCGCACCUUACGCUGACCGACCAGAAAACUCGGCGUCGGCUGCGACCGCUGUCGUAACACGGCACUGCGCUACUGGGUUCACAUUUUGACUGGUUGCUGUGAAGGCUGUCCCUUGGAAGCAUGAGUGCUGGUUAACCAAAGCAUUGGAAAUCGUGGGGAGGUUUGAUUGGGUUUUUCCCAGUUGUGCCGAUUAAGCUUCGUGUACUGCUAAAGCUUGUGGGGGGCGCGCCUAUUGAAUAGCUUUUUCAAAAAGUUGUUUUAUUCGCGGAUUUUUUUGCAGUAGAACUUGAAGUCAAAUUACUGGUGCGUAGUACAAGAACAUCAGUUGUUCUAUGGUGAUUAUAGUAGGUGAUACAAUCAGUACUUACCGUAAACUUGAAUUUUGUGGUGAAUGAGCAAGAGCUUUCUUCGAUGAAAGGAAAGUUUCACCUUCUGUUGCAACUAUGAAAGGCCUGUGCUUCCGCUGACGAUCACUACACGUGCAAUACAGUAAUCUUACAUAGCUUAGAGACGGUGGUAGACAGUGGUACUGUUAAUUGUUGGAGUGUCGCGUGGCGUCUUGGUGUCAUUAAUAACCUUUUUUGUGACGAUUUGCGUCAUAAUGAAAUCGGCCCCCAUUGCUAUUGCUUCGGUUCUGCGCAAUGCCAAGAGACAGGCCUGGCAGGGAUCAUUCAAAAUGCGGGCCUUUGUGUACAGAAUGUUGCGUCGUCCAGUGAGGCAAGUGUAGGUGAUUCGCUUGAGUGAUUUGCUGGCUCGGUCACUUUUGCGUGCUUUACGGAGAUGGCAUUCGGGGGAGGGUUCUGCAUACCGUUGCAUUUAAGUGGGUUAGGGGCUCGUUUCUUCUGGAGUUCGAAAAUAACUUGGUUAAUAUUCGUGAUUUGAAAAGAUAGAAUAUGAUUGAUGAUUUGAAAAGAUAGAUGGAAAGAUCUGAAUAUACCUACACAAGUGCGCGAUCAAGACAGACUACACAGAUGUUGUCGGCAGUGAGGUCUUCAUCACGGCAGACGGAAUUUGUGUAGCUCUGCAAUCUCGCACUCAAAGCUAACGAAAGUCACGAGGGAGAGCCAUACUACACAUUUGCGGAUACCGAGCUCAUAUGUGGCACCAAUAAUCGUCACCAACACGCUCAACCUGGCACACUUGACGACCCAACUCAUUGUAAGCUAAACAUGCGUGAGCUGUGAUAGCUAACUUUCUCCUGAAUUAAUAGAAAUAAGGUUUCUGAAAUCUCUCGAAACACAUGCCAAUUGGGAAUCAUUAUUGAGUACAAAGUACGACAAUAAAGAGUACAAAAUGCGACAAUGAAGACGCUCAUAACGGAAUAAAAAGCAGGAUAGGCAAAUUUUGGAAUCAAGUGUCUAGGAACUGGCCUUCAGGUAUGGUAUCAAACAUGGUUGCUUAUCAAACCAUAUGUGCCAUUUCUAGCGCAGCAAAUACUCAUCUUGUGGGAGCCUGUGCAUUACCUUUAGCUAUAAGGGUUAAAGUGCUGUACAUUUCAAUUAUGCAGUGAGCAUUUCAUUGUGGAACUAGCAGUGGCCACUGGUAGUGUGAGACGGCCAUUUUUUGGUCCUGCAUUGCUGCAAAUGGCCUGUACUUUCAAUUAAGCUUUUUGCAAAACAGACGGGUACUGUACCAGAAUCGGGCAGUGUGCAAAAUCGCCCACCGAGUGCCAUUUCUGUGCAAAAUCUGGCUUUGAGCAUGCGAAGGGAGUCGACUGGAGGAGUCAUUUUACCCCUGUAUUACUGAGGUUCGUGUGCCAAGGGAGCAAACUUGGCAAGUUGUUUUACACCUAUCUUACUAAAAAACGCAAGGGAGUCAACUAGGCAGUAAAAAAGGAGUCAAUUUGGGAGUCAACCGGGCAAGUUGUUUUACACCAGUCUUACUAAACGCAAGGGAGUCAAAAAGGAGUCGAUUCGGCAGUCAACUGGGCAAGCUUUUUUACACCGGUCUUACUAAACGCAAGGGAGUCAACAAGGCGUUAAAAAAGGAGUCGAUUCGAGAGUCAACCGGGCAAGUUGUUUUACACCGGUCUUACCAAAUGCAAGGGAGUCAACUAGGCAGUCAAAAAGGAGUCGAUGCAGCAGUCAACUUGGCAAGUUUUUUUACACCGGUCUUACUAAAUGCAAGGGAGUCAACUAGGCAGUCAAAAAGGAGUCGAUUCGGGAGUCAACCGGGCAAGCUGUUUUACACUGGUCUUGCUAAACGCAAGAGAAUCAAAAAGGAGUUGAUUCGGCAGUUAACUGGGCAAGUUUUUUUACACUGGUCUUACUACACGACGCAAGGGUGUCAAUUGGGCAAGUCAAAAAGGAGUCAGUUUGGGAGUCAACUGGGCAAGUUGUUUUACACCAAUCUUACUAAAUGAUGCAAGGGAGUUAACUGGGCAGUCAAAAAGGAGUCCAUUCAGGAGUCAGCUUGCACCUGCCUUGCUAAAUGACGCAACAUUCGAUAUGGUGAGAAGCUUUAGCUUCAUGUUGUUGCAUAGCGGCCUUGGCUGCUGCGUGUGUGGAAGAAGCAUAUCCAAACGGAUAGUGGCCUUCAGUUGUGAUGACAAAUGUUUGUGAACGUGUGUGUGUGUGAGACAUCCAAACGGAUAGUGCCUUGGGUUGUAAUGAGAGCAGAGUUUGGAUACCUUCGUUUUUGUGUGCGUGAAAGUUAUAUCCGAAAUGGAUAGAAGCCUUGAUGCUGUGAUGAGAGCUUUGUGUGGACUCGUAUGCUUGUGUGUGCAUAUAAGAUAUUCUUAAGGAUAGAAGCCUUGGGAGUCUGUUGAGAACAGCAUGUGGACAUGUGCGCUUGUGUGAGUGAAAAAAAAAAAAAAGAUAUCCGAACGCCUUUAAAGAGCGGCCUUGUUGUUGCAAUGAGACGCGAACGUGUGGACGUGUACGUGUUUGUGUGCGUGAAGAAGUUAUCCGAAACGGAUGCCUAUAUGGGGGCCUUGUAUUGUGAUGAGAAUAGCGUGUGGCACUACGUGCAUUUGUUAUAGUACGCCUGUUGAGAUUUAGCCAAAGGUGAAAAGCUGCCAAGUUACCCGGUGCGAGUUUGCACCGAUUUUUUUUCUUGUGGGUUUGAGUGGGUUGGGUCACAGAGUAGUGAGAGUGGGUUGGAAACUGGGGGGUGUGCAUGAGUUUUUGACUUCGCUUUUUGAUGGUCGUAUUUGACCGCAGGGUUCUGCAUGCCUUUGCGCUGUUGUACGAUGGUUGAGGAAAAGGAAAAGAAGAGCGUUGCUUAGAUUUUUUUUAGUGGUGUCCCGUCAUCGACUUUAGGAAGAGGUGCGUAGUAAAACCCAUAGGUGGAAUUCGAAGAGUCUUGGCCCGUGACUUUAGGCUCUUGUAGCGUUUUUAAACGAGAAGAGCUACCGAGACGGUUGGCGUCAGAUUAGGCAGUGACCGAGGGUGGUAUUCCCUAUUGGGCCGCUUUCGGUGAUCUCACCUUUAGGGCAUGUCGAUUGGCUGAGCCAGUGCACGUGGAUGGAUGAGAAGAACAGCGUGCAUCCCGCCUGGGUCGUUCUCACGCUCUGCAUGAAUUUGGAGUGCGUUGGCGUGGCCGUCGUCGCUCUGCUAAGCUUUCCAGCAGAUCACAGCAUCCAUCGCAUGGGGACUGAAAAGGUCCCGGAAAGCGAUUGGUCGAUAAAGGAAACAGGGCUUAAUCCUCAGCGCCUGCAUGCCUACGUGCCGCGCACGAAUUAUGCCGUUACAUUCGAUUCGUCGCGGUCGAACCGGCUAGCCUCGCCGCGUUGUCGUGCCGGCGUUGUUAUUGCUCACUCGUCGGGAGAGGUGUGAGGUCACCAUCCCCUUUUACGCAGCUUGCGCUCUAGACGCAAGCCUGCUCAAAGGCCAGCGGCUUCAUUCGUCGCCAUUGGCGACUGCAACGUGCAGUGGUCGCUAGUUCGUAGCCGGCUACGGUGGUGCGUGCGCCUCUGCAGUAUUCUUUCGUUACCUUGCCGUUUGUGAUACCUCUUCGUUCGGUCGCAUUUCGGUGCUCGACUCGGUUCGCUUUGCGAGGAGGGCAUACUUAAAAGCCACUGCUCUGCCAAGCUGACGCGCACAUAAUUUUAAACAUAUCUACAUUCGCCUUCUUACACUCCUCCAUGGACUGUUAGUCGGGGCUUGUAGUUGCUUCACGGCCAUUAAUUGAGUACGUUCUUCAGUCACCGGCGGCUGAUGUUUUUAUCUGCCGCAGUAUGUGUUUGCGCGCUUUGCGGAUACCCUCCCAGCUGUCUUCACCACAGCUGUUUAACAGGGCUCUUUCCGACCAGCCGGGAUUUUUGUGGCCAUUUUAUAUUUUGAAGCCCAUACGUUUGGUUUGGCCACAGCAGCAAUACAGGGACCGGUGACCUGCCACGGUUGGAGACGUCGGAGAAUAAUUUAAUUAUUGAUGAUAGUGCAGCUCUUCUGCCCUUUUUUUUUCUUCAAACGCGCGUUUUGUUCGUGAAACCUGAAGUUGUUAUUGGAGGUGAAAAGGUGGCACCUUUUGUUAUCGUUUUGUGCAUGCACGACUAAUCAAACGGUUCAGAUGUGCUAACGACAGUUUUUUUUUUUACUACCCUUGCCGCCAUUUUUGUUGCGUUGCAAUAUUGAAGGACAUUUUUUUUUUGUCGCAGUACAAAACUUAAGACUCAUUGAGCCACAUUAUUUUAUUCUUCGUUUUGUUUUUUUUGUAGUAGAUGAGUUGGGUUGUGUUCUCUGGCUUUAUUGAUCUUUAGCACACAAAUGCAGCUUACAAUUAUUGUGUACAUUUGUGUAUGAAACUGUAAAUAAGCUUUGCCAUGCUCACUUCUGAUGGGUGUUUCAGAACGUACGAUAUCAAACUUUUCUUGGCAAUCUGUCACAUCAGUGUUUUGCGAAGUGUUCGUCAAUGUGCGUUCGAGCUUCAUCCGUGCACUCACAAUCAAGCGUACGGCAUGCUGGUGAAUACCAUCGUACGAUGUGUGGCCUAUAUCUGCGGGAACGCUUCGGUGUGCCAAUUUGGCACUGCACAGGGGUGCUAUCUGCUGGCUCGGCACUGCGUUAAAUGGUGAAUUGCAGUUGCCAUCCUGUUGCGCUUCUCGUUAGGCGAUACUUAUGGCAAACAUUUGGCGAAGUAUUUCUUAGAGCGUUUAGCACAGAAACCUUUUACAGACUGACACGAGGAGGGACAGGUGCUACUUUCAGCAUUUGCAAAAGUAAGGUGAUCAAUCAGCUCACCUGGGUGCACAAGGCAUCAUCCUCACCAAAAACAGAUCUUUUAAGAAAACAAGAUGUACGUAAGACUGUAGCCACAUCUGCACUGGAAAAUUAUGAAACUAGCCCCCAAUGAUGGCUGGCUUACCACUAAAAGCACAUAAAGAGUGAACAUCCAGUGUUAAUCGACAGCUCUUCAGCUCUGCUUUGAGCAUGUAGCUAAUGAAACGCUGACACUCCAAAAAGACAAAUUCGCUGGUGGUGCCAUCUAGUGAGACAUACAUCAACUAGAGCUACAUGUGUCAGUGUAAACACUUUGGUAGCAACCAUAAUUUUCCAUCCACUGGAUGUUAUCCAUCCCUCUUCUGGGAGGACAGCGACGCAAUGUAAAAAAGUAUGCAAAGCAUUGCAGUUGAAGAAAGCAUCGCAAGAUGGCGCUAGCAGUGCCAUUUUCGACCAUGCUUCAAUACAGCAGCAUGAGUGUGCCCUCGGGCACAGUCCUGGCGACAUUUUGUGGCGAUCCCUAAACCUGUGAAUUAAUUCCUUUGCAGACAAGCGAAAACUUCGAAUUCGUAAGAUGAAAAGUUGUAUUUGAAUGUGACAGAAGGUGUGCUUUGGUCAGUCUUGCGUAGAUCUUCCUACAGAUACAACUUACGCUACCUGUUCACACGUAUCUAUCUAUACCCUUGCCAUAGUUUGGCGAACCCCUGUGUAUAGGCCUCUUGUCUCAAUGGCAUACAGUAGCAUCCAACAGAGCUCAAUCUAUAGAAUGGCCAUUACUUUGGCGUGGAACAAACAAUGAGAUAUUUUCAGGUGUAAUGUAUUGCUGUAGCCAAAAAAAGAAUGUUUGGCUGUGGUGUCUCUCUAAGCGCAGUAGGGCAACAGGUGCGAAUGACUGGGGUCAUUCGCACCUGUCUGCCAUCUACUCGACGUUAACGUUGCUUGAUGGGAUGGGUACAAGUGGCUCUCUAGAUUGAAACCGCUGGCUCAUUUUUCCUGCAGGCUUUUGCAUGGAGAAAACGAUUCAGUAGUUUUUUGCACAGCUCGUUUUGGUGUUGUGCUCUGUUUUGUCCACAAUGGGUCAGAGUAUGUGCAGAGCAUGAUGUAAAAUGUAUACUCAUUAGGUGAGGAUACUUGCGAGGUGCGUUUGACCAGGUAAAGUAACAACACCGCACGCCCAGCAGCGGAUACCGAUUGAUGGGAUGAAACUUCAAGACAAAAGGCCUUGCCGUAGCCAGCCUGACACACUAUCAACUGAAGCUGGGAACGCGUACCACAUUUUUCAUGACUGCGCAACGUGACGUGUGGCGAAUGCUGCCAUUGCUGUUGACCACGUCGGUUUGCUCUAGGAAUGGUACAUAAAUAAUUUUCUGUCUUGAAGUUGCGUUGCCCCAUCAAUAAAUAUCUGCCGCUGUCACCUCACCUAUAGAUGCGCGCCAUUGUUACAUUGUUAUCUGGUCGAACGCGCCUUGCAAGAAGUCAGGAAGUGUCCCCACCUAAGGAGUAUAUAUCUUGGACCAUGGUACAGAGGGAAACUGAUAAAAGUAAUGUGAAAAGACUGGGUGGCUAAACGGAAGAUAAAUAUUUCGUUUACUACCCUGCAAUCUGCAGUGAUUGCUAAGGACCGGAAAUGGAAGUCGGUCUCAGUAAAAGCACUCCUCGUCGGCGGUUAAAGCGGGGUGAUGUUUCUUGCUUUCCUGUAGCCGCGGACGAUGCGCGCUUCUGGUUCGUUGUGGACGAACAAGUGACAUCCUUCGCCCAGAACUGGGUAACCGGUCAAGACACACUACCAGUUACCGCACCCUUGCUAAAUUGGAGCAUUAGGAAGCCAGUGCGUUGAUUCUGCGCGGGCCACUCGCAUCCAUGUCCCCGGACAGCGUAACAGUGUGUAGCUUUGAUCGAUUCUCACCACCUCUGCCAUUAGCAGCACGUUCUAGCCAGUGAACUGAAACAGCACAGCAAAAUAACCUGCCUUAAAUGAGCGCGACCGUGCAAAAAUCUACGGCUGACCAGCUAUUGGAACCGUUAACAGGGACUCGCCACUAGCUUUUCAUUGUAGACGUCCGUGCGGUUAGUGGCAAACGGUAGGCACCGAGCUUAACUAAAGUGCAGUAGACAACUGGUUCUGGUUAAAAAUGGCACGGGUAUUACUCGGAGUUGCGCCUGCGCUCGACCGCAUGCUAGCACUGCAUGUUCACCUUUGUGGAGGAGAGUCCAUGUGUAAUUGUUGCCGGUGCUCAGACGACGGGCUUUCACUCACGGCAAGCACGGAGUUGUGGCACAAUUGGCAAUAUGUGCGCAGUGGCGAGUUGGUGGUGUUGUAGUUGCUCAUCCGCUCGAUGGAGAAACACAUAAGGGUGUGGCCUGCCUAUUGGGGCAUAGUUUCUGUUUGCCACUUCAGUCAAUCAUGUGACUGCCCAGUGGUAGUGACAAACACAAUUGGUGGCUGCAACAGUACCUGCUUUAGGCAAAUAAUGGCUGCUCUAAAUGGAUGCAUAUGUUGUAUUUCCUUGAGCAUAGCCCGAUAAACAGAUUCACUGAGGAAUCUACGCCAUUUGCUGAAUGCACCGCUGCAGUUAUUCGAAGAUUACUGCAUUUUACGGAGUCAUGCCGUAAGCUGCAGUAUGCCGUAAACGGUGGAGUUACAUUGUAAUACACAUCGCAGCAGCUGCUGUAUAAUUAAUUUGUGCCAUAGCGGUGUAUUUCAUUGAUGUUGAGAAUAACGUUGACAGUAGAUUGUGCUGCUACAAUAACACGUUAGAGAUGAGCUUUGCUAAAUUUCUGAGGAAGAUUCGGUCACUGAUUAAGCCAGGGGGAAAACACGUGUUUAGGGACCCGUAGGACAUCCUUGAUCACACCAAGCUGGGGUUAUGCCAUAAACUGCUGUGUGCCGAAAACAGUGAGUUGGCUUGGGAGCUGGCUCAGUGAGAUCGCCCAGGGAGUUGGCUGGUGCGAUCAAGGAACCUGUAGGGGCCCCGAAAUCUCUCUUUUUUCACCUUAACUUGGUCAGUGAUCGAAUCUCCUUCCUCUUCAUGUUACCUGACCAGACGAACUUUUGUCGAACUCUUGAUUACUGCGUCAAUUACUGUAGCUGUGUUAAAACGAGCGCACCGUUUUUCAUUAGGUGCUUUCAAAAAGCUCCAUCCUGACUUCGGGGAGUUGGCGAGGCAUUCUCGCACCGCCUGAGGCUGAUGCGGCAGACUGCACCGUGUUGCUUUCCAUCGAGCGGCUGGUCAUUUGUCCUGCUGUAUUCGAAGCCUGUAACUUGCAGGCCGUCAAACUCUUUUGACAUUAAUCAGUGGUAAAUGUCAGUUAUCAUCGUCGUCACUCGUUGUAUGUGUGUCUGUCUCCGGAAGAAAAAGCACCGACGCACGACACGUCGCCUCUUUACCUGUAGUCAACGUACCUGCGUGCCCCCCCAUUUUUCAUAUGGACGGUCUUCAGUUUGCUGGAAGAUUACAAAACAUGGUGCUGCGCUGUACUGCGUGCGUUUGACUUUUUCGGGGUCCACGAGUUUGUUGUUUGUCGUCGUAAUCAUACUACUCUCGUUCAUGUCGUCGGAGGAAAUGUCAGGAGGGUCCGAUUUCAUCCGUUACAAAAAAAAAAAAAAGGAGGAAGCACACUUGGUGAUUGUGAUAAGCACGAGAAGUCAAAUGUUACAAGCGAAGGUUCGUUACGGUGGAACACGGCGCUGCUCGCCACCGUCAUUUCUUUCCCGGGAGCUUGCCAGUUGGGACCUGUCGUCGACGGCACGUUUGGUAUCCCUGUAUAAAAAGAAUCAUUUUUUUACCGUAGCGUGUCGUAUUUUUGCACCUUUUAAAUACGAUGAGUUGUGUUGCCAUGCAUGUGAUAAGAACAUCGUUUUGAAUUGUCGUUGCUUUAAAUGCUUCAUUUAGAGGUGAGCUUUUGGAGUCUUUUCUUCCUUCUUUUUGGCAUUUUUUCCUUUUUUUCCCCGGAGCAUUGUAUGGAAUUUGAAACGUAUGUCUCGUUUCUCAUCACCGAUACCUGCCGGAAAGUUCUCUAACGUUACUUGAGUUUCGAAUCCUCUCUUUUUUUAUUGUUUCCUGAUGCGUGGUGUGUACAGUUCUAAGUAUUUCGUUUUCUUUUUUUUCUUCUCACUGUCACUAUAUACAGCACACUUGUCACUGUACCUCACACUGGUAUUUUUUUUUUUUUAACUGUGUGGGUCAACCUGUCUGUGAUUUCAUUCUAGGCCAGUUACGAGACAAUUCACUGAAUGUAUAUUGCCGUAUUAAAGAUUUUUUUAUCUGCA